AUGGCCACAAACAGGCAGUCGCGUUGGAGCAACCUGGAAGAGCUGCACCAGGAGGAUUCCAACGAGGUGGAAGCCGGACCUCUGAGCUCAUUGCCGGUACUCACAGCGAAGCUGUUGGUCGAAGUACUCGUAGAUUCUUCUGAUGCCACCACCUUUCAGACCAACAUCGAUGCCAGGACCUCGGAGGACAUGCCCGCCAUACAAGGUUCUGCUGUCAGAUCGAACUGGGCGUACCACUUCCUGCAGCCAUUUGGCAAGAAGCGCCGGACAGCCUGUCUCCCAAAGGGAGACAUAGAUCAGAUCCUGCGUGUUAUAUCCGAAGAGCAAGCCCAAUUGCUGCAGCUCGCGGAGGAACAACAUGCAUCGUUCUCCAUGUCGGUGCAGUUGGCUUUCGCUAGGAUGGAACGGUCGGAUCUCCUCAGUCGUGGAGGAUUUGGAAAGCGAGGGCGUGCGCUGUGCGCCACAAGUCCUUGUGACUUGUGUAUCGCGGAGGGGAAUGAUGACGACACGCAGGAAGUGUUCCAAGAUGUCCCUGACCAGACAGACAUGCUGUCGUGUGACGAUUUGGCUGCACAUCAGCACAGCUCUAGUCUUCGAAAGAUAGAUUCCACGUUCAGCGUCCCAUCUCCGUCUAGGGCAAAGUCCAAGAAAUCUGCGAACUCGAAGCCAACGGCAGAAGAUUUACUUGGCCUGGACAACUUCAUCGAUCGAAGCAAGGCCUGGACAGAUCUGCUGGCAGGCAUGCUGGUGCUGAUCAACUCCUUCGUGAUGCUUGUCGAACUGGAGGUUGAAGGACGAGCUGUCGGAGCUUUGAUAGGCAUGGGGGAGGGUCCGACGCUCAACGACGUGUCUCCGCUCUUUCGGACUUUGGACGCGAUUUUUGUCUUCGUGUUUCUGGCAGAGCUUUUGCUCCGAAUCUUUAUGGAAAAGCUUCAGUUUGUCCGUGAUGUGGCGAACUGGUUCGACACAUUACUUGUGAUCGCGGGCCUAGUGGACAUGUUCGUCAUUCUACCGAUGAGUGAUGGAGCAGAAGGUCAGAACAUUGUCAUGCUGCGCAUGGUCAGGGUGUUGAAGUGUGUUCGCGCUAUCCGCUUGGUCCGAACCUUCCGAUUCUUUCGCGGCUUGCGGCUUCUCGUCAAGGCCUGCUACUGCUUCCUGCCCUCCCUGGGCUGGAGUAUGGUGUUGUUGUUGGUAUUUAUGUGGAUGGGAACCUUGGUUUUGGGCAACUUGCUGCAAGACUUCAUCACCGACCCUUUGAACAACUUCGAUGACAGGGUGUGGAUCUGGAAUCGGUACGGGACGGCUUACCGCGCCAUGUACACCCUGUACGAGAUCACUUUUGCAGGAAAUUGGCCCACCAGCGCAAGACCUGUGCUCGAGAAGGUUAACCAAGCCUAUGUCAUCUUCUUCCUCAUCUAUAUCACGAUAAUAGUUUUUGCUGCCAUUAGAGUGAUAUCAGCAGUGUUCUUGAAAGACACUCUGGAGGCAGCUCGGAAUGAUGACGAGACAUUGGUCAUCGAGCGCCUGCGAAACAAGCAGAAGUAUGUACAAAAAUUACAAGAGGUAUUUCAUGCAAUCGGAGGAUCAGUGGACGGAUUGAUUACAGAGGAGCGGUUGGCAUCUAUCCUGGAAAGUCCGAAGGCACUUGCCUAUUUUCAAACGCUGGAUCUGGACGUCACUGAGACUUCGGCACUCUUCAGUCUUUUGGAUAACGGUGAUGGCGAGAUAACGCAGGAAGAGUUCAUUGAUGGCGUCCUGCGAUGCAAAGGGCCAGCCCGGGCUAUCGACCAAGUUGCACUCCGCGCAGACCUGAAGCAGAUGGAUGCGAAGAUCUCUCAAUCUUUUCAGCCGGAAUGUGCCUACAUAGUUCCCAAGGAUGUACAGCUCGACCUGUGCUACAGCAUCAGUCCCAAAGAAGUGGCUGACCAUUGCCUCACAAGCCAGGAGAAUUUGCGCCCCUCUGCAAAAGUGGAGCUGUGCCCUUCACUGAACACGCCACAGAAGUUCGCCUCUCAAGCAGCUGACGCAAAGCGCGGCAACGACGCACCGCUGCUCCAUGGCGGGUCGGAUCAGGCGUUUCAUUCGAUGCCAAGCCGAGGCGACUUCUGCACUGGUGUUGUUUCCGAGCUGCGUUCGCGCGUUCUUGAGGGUUUGGGAUAUGGGUGGGCCGCUCUGAAAAGAUGCGCGCUUUGGCUGCUGCAGCGACGGCGUUCUGAGGGAGGGGUGGGAAGGUCAAUUCCUAUGGCUUUGUACUUGAGUAUCCUGAUUCCGAUCAGAACCGUGCUGUGUGAGCGCUUUGCUCAGGAAGCAAGCGCACGCCUGCGGAACUUGAUUCUUGCUGGAAAUGCCGCGCUGCCCGAGGUGCUGAGACUUCUGCGUGCUGGAGCAGAGCCAACACGACAGAAUUUGAGCUGCUUCGUGAACGAACAGGGCGAUGCCAAGCGAGCCCGGAUUGAGGUUGGACCCAACGCCAGUCCCGGUGCGCGCCGCCUCUCCUGCUCGGGAACGCCCUUGCACUGGGUAUGUCACGCCGCCUCGCGCGUGCCUGACAACUGCAGGAGCCACUAUGUCGAGAUCACGAGGUAUCUUUGUGAUGCAGUGCCUGUGUCCCUUUUCCUCAUGGACGACAACAAGCGGACACCACUCGAGGUUCUGUUGAACAGAUGUGAAGGGGAUGCUGGCCGGCUGGCUUGCUCAAACUGUGGCAAAAUUGGCCACGUGUCCAAGGAGUGCACACAAGAGGAGCCUACAUAUCGUACAGAUGCUCUGGCAGCCCUGGUUGCAGGCUUUGGCAAAGCUCUCGUGCAGUACCCGCUUAUGGCCGCCUCUGCGAUGGCUGGCCCAGGACUGAACCUGUACCUUCUUCAGGCUCCUGACAUUAAUGGUGGAGGAUGGUGUGGCAUGUCGGAGGCUUUGUGUGCAAGAUUGUCACAGUUGCGGUGCAGAGGGAAUCCGCGAAGCCAGUUUGCGGCCGUCGAGCUGGGAUGGGGUCCAGGCCCCAAGGAACCAAGGAAUCGUUGGGGCGGUACUGUUACUAGGUCUGAGGCCUUCCUGGCCCCACUCGAACUCCGAGCCGAGUGA